AUGCUACAGAAAUUAACUGGUGAAGACAUACUGUCAGAAGAUGAAAAUUCAGAUAUGCAUCUUGAUAAAGAUCAAAUAAAUUCAUUAAAGGAAGAUAAUAAUAGAGUGUUGCAAGGUGAUAUUUCCAUAGUAAUAUUCUUUAAUGCGAUCAAAAAUAUUCCAAAUAAUCUAAGCUUUCGUCAACAAUUUAUUAAUAUAACAUGUGAAUUUACUGAUGUUGAAAAAAUUCAAAAUGAGAUUUACUCGAGCAUUGAUAAAGACUUUGGGAAUGAUCCACAAGCUCAAACUUAUAUUGCUGAGAGACAUGUAUCAGAUAUUUUAGAAAUUGAUGAUAGUGUAGAAUUCAUGUCUGCCAUAGAAAAGAGUAUUAAUGAUUUUGAUAAAUAUAUUCAGACUUCAAAAAAUAAGGAAAUCGUGUAUUUAUAUACUCAAUUUAUGAGGAAAUAUAUAGAUAAAGUUUCUAAAUUACCUAAUAUACACGUGUAUCUUACAGAUAAAUUAAUUGAAAUUUACAAAUUUGCCAAUGAAUCAAAUUUAGCAUCAGAGAAAUUGUAUAUUGAUUGGAUUGAUUGGAUGUUGUUGCCAGAAAAACUUUGGAAUAGAAGAAUCAGGAUUAAUGAUAACAUAUCAUUUGAAGAAGGAAAUCAAGAUUUUUCAAAAGAAAAAUUGUAUGAAAUUUCCAUGGAAAAGAAUCCAAUUUCUUCAGUAUUAUGGGAUUCCUAUCUUAAUUGGAUUCAUAAUUCAUGGAAAAAUAGAAAUAUAAGCAAUAAUGACAUGGAAAAUCUUUUAAUGUCAUCAACUCUUAAAAUAUCAUCUAUGCCAUUUGUUAUAGGUGGCAUUGAAAAAGUUUGUGCAUUAUAUAAAAGGUGA